CUUUUAAGAGAACGUCAUCAGACGGCGACUCAUUGGAACUUUGAACGAUUUGUAAGAAGACUAAAUGACUUAAUAGUGAGCGAAUAAAUUGCGGUAUAGAACGCGUGCAUUUGUUGUAGCGUACGAACUGUCAGUGCUCAACAUUAAGUACUAAGAUUCCAACAAUUGUAAGAAAUGGCAUCUAAUCCUCCUGGACAGGGUUUUCAGAACAAAAAUCGUGUUGCAAUCCUGGCAGAACUAGACAAGGAAAAGAGAAGACUAAUGCAGAGCCAGUCUAUGAAUAAUCCUGGAGCCAGCAUUCCACUGUCAAGACCAGCUCUUAACAAAGAUUUCCGGGAUCAUGCAGAGCAGCAGCACAUAGCAGCACAACAGAAAGCAGCCUUGCAGCAUGCACAUGCCCAUUCUUCUGGCUUCUUCAUAACACAGGAUUCCUCAUUUGGAAAUCUUAUUCUUCCAGUCUUGCCGAGACUUGACCCAGAGUAAGAUGAAUGAUUAUAAAAGUAAGAAAAGCAACGGUGCAUUUCCACUAGUGGAAAUAAUAAAUUUCAAAAAGUGAUGCGCUAACAUUUGAGAGAAAAAUGGAUCUCCAGCUUUCUUUGGAGGGAUUUCUGGACAUUUGCCAUGUUUUGUUAUUUAUAAUUAAAUGCAAAGCCUCUUAUUAAAAAUAAAAUCUUACAAACAAGGUAGUAUGCAAUAUUAGUAUUCAAAGUUUGAUGCUGUGUGUGUUUUUCAUAUUUAGUUCAGUAAAGAAGUUAAUAAGAGUGGUUUUAAAUUAUUGAUAAUUACCAAAGUAUUUUCUACUGAAUUAGAAAAAAUGUAAAUUUGUGUGACCCUGCUCUAGAUAAAGCGGCUUUAGAAGAUAGAUGGAUGGAGUUUCCUGAAUAUUUCCUUUUGUAUUUUUGAAGAUGACUGUCACCUUAGAGAAAUAUUCUGUAUGUAAAGGUUUUUCUCUGGUUUAUUUAGAAAUGCUUUUGCCUUUUAUAAAGGAAAUAUAAAGGCUUUUCUCUAAUAACUCACUGUAAAGUCUCAGUGGUCUUGCUUAUAAUGUCAUGAAAACUGCAGUUAAUUUAAAGUUAAGAAGCUAAAAGACUAGGAUCUGGCAGUAGUAUGAUAUUGCAGAUAUUUUAACUAAAUUAAAAAUGUAAAUGGGAAUAAAAAAAUGAAAUGUUUACAUUAUUCCAAGAGUAAGGUGACUUCCUUUUCUGCUUACAUUUUAUAUUGUUUGUAAUUGUAAGUUUGCAACAAAAAUUUACUCUGAUCACAUUAGUGGAAAAAUAAUGAGUACUGUAUAGUGAAUAUGUUGAUAUACUGUAACUCUUGAAAGAACAAACACAAAGCUGGUAAGUGGCAUAAUAAUUUGAGUCCAAUUUUGUGGAAGAAUGGAAUAAAAUAUUUGGCAUUUGCUGUUAUUUAUGCUAUGUACAGUUUCUUUUUAUAUAAGUAUUGACGUAACUCCUUUUAAUAAAAUGUCUG